GUUGGUUUUCGGCCUGUUGUCGUUGGUUCGGGUCGAUGGUGGCCCUCAGCAAAUCUAUCACUUCUCGGAUCUUCAUUUCUGCCCGAUUUUGUUGCGUAGGAUUUCAGUGAAACUUUAAUUUUCCGAGGGCGAACCGAAAAUGUUAAAAAUAAAAAUUCAACAAGAUGCCUUUGCUUUUCACCCGCAAAUAAAUUUUACUUUACCACAUUUCUGACAGACGUCAGACGUGAUCGUACCGGGGAACUGUCAGAAAUUUAAUAGGUCAUCCCUCAUUUUUGGCUUGCAAUUUUUUUUUUGGCGGGAAAUAUUAAUUUUUGUUCAGAAUAAUUUAAAAAAUUCAAUGAAUGUUAAUUAAAUUAUUAAAAUCUACCAAAUAAGUAUUUUUAAACCCAAGAACCUUUUUUUAGUAGGAAAUUUCAAUGUCCAUCUUAGUUUUCGUUAUAUGAACAAACGGAACACGCCCCAAAUUGAUUAUACAACCUAACCUCAAAAAUAAACUAAAUCAAAUUUUUUUUUUUCUGGGAAAAUUUAAUUCUUUUCCAAAUAAAUUAUGGCUGACGAAGGUGAAGACCCCGUCAACGGAACUUCGGACGAGAACAGCGAAAAGUCCCAGCAAAAGAAACAAGCCAAAUACGAUAGUGGAGCGGCCGAUUUGGAAAAAGUCACAGACUAUGCGGAGGAAAAGGAAAUUUCCACGCAGGACGUUGCCAAUGCGAUUUCGGCCAUCGGGGAUAGACGGAAUCAGGCUGCGCUCGAAAAACAAGCCAGAGAAAAAGAACUAUUGAAGGUAUUAAUUAAAAAAGAAGACGUAGAUCUGAUAGUGAAAGAAAUGGAAAUUUCCAGGUCUAAAGCAGAAAGAACUUUAAGAGAAAAUCAUGGAAAUGUUGUCAAUGCCUUGAUAUCUUUGACCAAUUAAGACAAUUUAUAAUUAAAUAAUGUUUUUUAUUUAACCAACCCUACAAUAAACUAUUACAAAUAUUCUCUAUCCAUUGGCGUCUUUUUAGCUUUCUUGUCUCUAGCUCUGGGGAACCAUCUAUGUUUUGUAGUGUUUGUUAUACUCAUCAGUUCAGCUCUGGCUUGCUCUGGUGUUUUCUUGUUGAAAAUCGACAAUAGUUCCGGAGUAAGUUGGGUUUUUAGAACAGAAGGAUGUUCCUGUAUUUUUUCUUCUGGAAGAGGCUGUGUGCACUCAUAAGGGAUGUCUUUUUUCGGGUGCCAGGCCACUAGGGUCGAUCCGUCUGUUGUGCAAACAAUUUUGUGUUGCGAGGAAUAGGCUCGAUGGAUUUUUCUAGUUAGAUUUACUAUUCGGUUGUUCAUGGUUUCAAAUUUUUGAUUGGUUCACUUUCUGGAGUCCUGGAGAAACAAAAAAUUUAUAACCUCACUUUAAUUUCAUUUUUAAACAGUGUCUAGAACUAUCGAUGCUCGUCUUAUCGAUAUUGCGAGAUU